AUGUUCGGUCGUUAUGUCGUGACUUUCGAUAUGUCGGAGGCUGCCUGUGGAUCUAUCGUGUACAUUUGCCUCAUUGCUUUUCGCUGUAUGUCCCACAGGGUUAUCUUUAUUGUCCAUCCGUACAUGUCCUCUGCUGAUGGCAGGUCAACGUAUUUCUUCAGGGAUGAUAUUGAACAUCACCCCCUUGUUGUUGAACCGUCUGCCGCUUUACAGAUUCGCCGGUUUCGGAUGGGAUGUAUUAGCCCGAUAUUGCUCGUCAGCUUCAUUCCGUCGGUUUUGGGUUCGAGGGAUUCCUAG